UCCGAUUUUAUCAAAAAGCAAUAAUAAAACAAACAAAUAAAAAAAAUUGAAAAAAAAAAAGCAUAUAAGUAUGGACCGGCGAUCAGACGAAGUCGGACAUGGGAGCCAUCACAAUGGGAGAAAAGGACAUCGCCCUUCCCCACGUCCUGCUGGUCUCCUUCCCAGGCCAAGGCCACGUCAACCCCCUCCUCCGCCUCGCCAAGCGCCUCGCCGCCAAGGGCCUCCUCGUCACCUUCUCCUCCACCAGCAUCAUCGGCAACCGCAUCACCUCCGCCACCGCCGCCAAGAACUCCGCCAACCCUGGCGACCCCCUACCCGUCGGCCGCGGCUACCUCCGAUUCGAAUUCUAUCCCGAUGACUGGGACCCCGACGAGCCCCGCCUCUAUGACCUGGACGCACUGUUUUCCCACCUCCGGGACGUCGGUGUUCCCGCCAUCACCAACCUCAUCCGCCGCCAUGCCGACGCCGGCCGCCCCGUGCUGUGCGUCGUCAACAACCCCUUCAUUCCCUGGGUUCUCGACGUGGCCGCCGACAUGGGCAUCACCGGAGCCGUCCUCUGGGUGCAGUCCUGCGCCGUCUUCUCCACUUACUACCACUACCACCACUCCCUCGCCGAGUUCCCCUCCGACGCCCAUCCCGAUAUCUCUGUGACUCUCCCCGGCAUUCCCGAACUGAGGCCCGAAGAUCUCCCAUCAUUCCUCCUUCCAUCCAGUCCUUACAAAGCUCUGAGGGACGUGAUCUUGGAGCAGUUGCACAACAUCCCCAAGGCGACAUUCCUGCUGGCGAACACCUUCGAGGAGCUCGAGAGAGAUGCAAUCACGGCCAUUUCCGGGCUGUUACCGGUCACGCCGGUGGGCCCGCUCGUCGAGCCUGACGACGGCGAGGAGUCGCAGAAGGUCAUCAAGGGAGACUUCUUCAAGGCGGUCGACUGCAUGGAGUGGCUCGACGCGCAGGAGCCGCGGUCGGUGGUCUACGUGUCGGUGGGGAGCGUCGUGGUUUUGAACCGGGAAGAGAUGGAAGAGAUGGCCUGCGGGCUAAAGAACACCGGCCGGCCGUUCGUAUGGGUGGUGAGGGACGACUUCCGGAGCCUCCUGCCGGAGAAUUUCGUCGAGGAGACGGAGGGGAAGGGAAUGGUGGUCCCGUGGAGCCCACAGGAUUGGGUGCUGGCCCAUGGCACGGUGGCGUGCUUCGUAACGCACUGCGGCUGGAACUCGACUCUGGAGGCGCUGGCGUCCGGAGUGCCGGUGGUGGCGUACCCCCAGUGGGGGGAUCAGCUGCCGGAUUCCAAGUUCUUGGUAGAUGUUUAUCGGGUCGGAGUCCGGCUGAGGGCGCCGGCGAAGCGGGAGGAGCUGGAGAGGUGCGUGGAGGAGGUGACGUCGGGACCGGAGGCGGAGGGGAUGAGGAAGAGAGCGAUGGGGUGGCGGGAGGCGGCGAGAAAGGCGGUGGCCGUGGGCGGCUCCUCCGACCAGAACAUCCAGGCCUUUGUUGAUGAGAUACAGAGGAGGGCUGGUGUUGGUGGCUGUAGCGUUUCGGCGUUGGCUGCGGGUUGCAUAUGUCGUGCAAAGGAAUGAUUGUUCUUCUUUCGAACCGUUGGAUUGCAUCUUGCACAAUUUGCAAAGUGUGAUAUCUGCUUCAUGAUCUAUGCUGAUGAUUGGAGGAAGAUGUUUGAACACUUUAAAAAUUAUAUAAAAUAUGAUCCAAUGAUUGAUGCAGCAAAAGAAGAUCUAAAGGAUACAA